AUGCACGUUGCAAAUCGUCUUGCAGGGUCGCAGCUGAUCGUCAGCUGUUACGGACCGGACCUUUUCGGCAAUGACGUCAUUCGUGGCUACGGCGUGUGUCACGUGCCGGUCUGCUCGGGGAGCCACCGGGUCAGGAUGGCCGUGUUCGUACCGGAGUCGACUUCACAGCUGCAGAAACUGGCUUCCUGGUUCACGGGCCGCCGACCGGAGCUGGCCGGCCCGGUCACACUGGCGCUCGGCGAGGGCAGGGAGGUGAUGCGGGUCCGGUCGCAGGGCGUGCUCACCUGCCGGCUGCAGGUGCUCACCAAGGACCUGCGGCGGCUGGGCUAUGUC